AACGUCCCUCUGGCUUGAACAACGUGACAUACAACGGAUGACGUAUCUCGAGGUUGGUGUUCAGUCGGUCUUCACAUAAACAACGCUUGAACUUGGUACCCAUAGAAAUAACCCUUGUGGUGCUCUACUGCUGAAGACAAUCUUUCGACUUUUUAGAACUGCAAAUACAUCUACGAAACCGAUAUUAAGACUGGAUAGCUAUGGCUACAGUUAAAAAAGACGACAGAUUGACAAGUUCACAAAGCUGCUUGUGCGUUGGUUUUGCUGGGGUUUUUAGUAAAACUGUCACCUCGCCUCUGGAGGUGGUAAAAAUCAAGAACCAAGUUGGAACAUUUCACUGUAAGAAAGGGGUUUGGCACAGUUUUCUUCUCAUUUAUCAAAAUGAGGGCCUACGAGGGUUUUUGAAAGGAAAUCUCGUUUCCUGUCUCCGGCUAUUUCCCUACAGUGCUGUCCACUUAGCAACAUAUAAAAAGAUUGUCCACCUUCACAUGGAUGAGCUGGGCUACAUCUCUCAGUGGAGGGCCAUAUUUGCAGGCGGUCUGGCUGGCAUGACUGCCGCCCUGGCCACAUACCCUCUGGAGGUAGCAGAGACACGUCUCAUUGCUCAGAACUGCAUGGAGCCCUCGUACAGGGGAGUGGUCCACACCCUCUCCAAGAUCUAUGGGACGGAGGGUCUUGUUGCGCUCUACAGGGGGUUCUCCCUCACAGUUAUAGGUGCAUUCCCCUUCUCUAUUGGCUGCUAUGCAGUCUAUAUCAACCUGGACAGACUGUGGCAGGAGCCUUCCUUUCGCUUCACUCCCCUGCAGAACUUCAUCAAUGGCUGCUUUGCAGCAGGGGUGGCUCAGACUCUCUCCUACCCAUUUGAAACUGUGAAAAGGAAGAUGCAGGCUCAGAGUCCUCACCUGCCCCAUUGUGGAGGGGCUGAUGUCCACUUCACUGGGCUGACAGACUGCUUCAGGCAGGUGAUCAAGAACAAAGGCAUCAUGGCACUUUGGAGUGGCCUCACAGCCAACUUGGUCAAGAUUGUACCAUACUCUGGCCUGUUGUUCAGCUGCUUUGAGAUGUGCAAACAGGUCUGCCUUUACCGCAAUGGGUACAUUGUAUCUCCUCUGAGCUACAAGUUAGCACCAGGCGUGGACCAAAGCCUAGGUCCUUCUGAGUUAGAGGAGAUGAAGAAGUACUUGAAAAAUAGAAACUUUCAGUCACAGGAAUCUUCGAUGGGAAAUCGCUGGGGAUACAAGUCCUCGUAGGACUGGUAGGAUUUGUCAUUGAUUGCUGACCCUAUUGGGUUAGAAAAGGGCCUGUCUUUUGAUUCCAGAGUAAGUCUGAAAUAUUUGUUGGAAUCCAAUACUGUAGAGAUGGAAAUCUGAUUGAUUUCAGGUCUACUUCUCAGACAUGCUCAAUGCAGUGUAGUGUCAGUGCAUAAGCAAACAUUUUAUAUAAAAUUCCAAUAUUGACAAUGAUGGUCAUUUGGUUCAUCAUUUAUACUAUGUUAUAUACUCAGGCAGUUAUUGUUACAAUACAAUAAUAAGAGCUGCAUUUUUACACUCCACAAACAGCACAAUCUACGGUCAUAGAAAUACCUAAUUUUUACCUCAAUAUUUAGUAUUUUAUUUGACUGGGCUAUCACUGUAUGAAGUAUGUAUAUCAGUUGCACUCGUUCUGAGGGUAUUUACAUGCGCCACAUGGCUUAAACUCUGUCUGGUAUAGACGUCAAUAAGAGAGCAUAAACCUGACCUAUUUUGAGAAUGUAGUUCUUACUACAGUCAUGUGCAUUAGUCAAUGUUUUAAGAUGUAAUGUAUUUUAACAUACUUCAGCUCAUGUAUUUAUGUGCCUUUUGGAUUUCUGUAUUUAUUAUGGGGCUAUUUGUUGAUCAUUCUAAAUGUAAAUAAUGAGACAAGGCCAUAGCACAUAUGAUUAUGUGUCUAGCAAUAAGACAAUAUUAGCACUCCAAUAUUACUUUGAGCUGACAACGUGCAAGAACUAUAUGUUUAGAUAGGUAUGGUCCAGGAGUCAUUUAAAAAGUGUUUUAGUAGUGCAGUCAGUAUGUUGCUGUAAAUGACAAAAGGUGAUAUGAAGUAUGUUACAACAUUAAAUUAUAUCACAAAA